UUCAAGUACUUGACUUUUUAAUACCCAAAAUUAACUCCUCACUACUAGUCUAUCUUUUGUGUGGUCAUGGAUUUCCAACCAAACACUUCUCUAAAUCUAAGCUUGGGAGGGAAUAUUCAGCCAAACCUAGAACUUGUCCCCGAUCAAUCUUCUUUUUCUUCUUCGCCAUCAAUUACUCAUACUCCCACAUCGGGGCCUCGAGUUUUCUCUUGCAAUUAUUGUCAAAGAAAGUUUUAUAGUUCACAAGCACUUGGUGGGCACCAAAAUGCACACAAGCUUGAGCGAACCUUGGCCAAGAAAAGUAGAGAAGUUAGGGCACAUGAAAGAAGAGGUUCGAACUCUCCGUCCGGAUCCACCACCACCGGCAAUCUGAGCCAUGUUAGACGCCCGGUUCAACCUGGAUUCGAGCACCACCAUGUACCUCCUUCUAAAGAUGGAGUUGGUUCUUGGACCUAUGGUUUUAGGCCUGAAAAUGUCCAGGAUGAGCUGAACCAACUUGACUUGUCAUUGAGGCUUUGAAUUGGGCAUUUUCUCAUCAUGGGUACUUGUUCUUUCGUAUCGAUGGAUCUCUCUCUCUCUCUCUCUCUCUCUUAGUUCUAAGUUUGAUUAGUCAAUAAUGAAGAUGCACCAUAUUCAACUACUUGAGGAGUAAGAAUGAAGAGCUAGCUAGCCAAAGAAAGGCAUUCUAUUAUUAGGUACUAAUUAUUUGGUGUGGUAUGGCAAAAGUAUAGCAAAUUAAAGGUCUCAACAUUUUCCUUUUUCUCCUUUGUAUGAUGUUAUGCCAUCUAUGGAUGCUUAUGCUUCUACUUAUGUAGAUCUUGAAUCAUAACAUAUCCUUGUAAUAUUGGAACCACCAUUAAUUCUGAAUUGUUUUAUUAAGUCAACAUUGUCUAAUAAC